AUGAAACUUAGCAUCAGUAGGCUUGGAAGGCUCAAAGACCUUGUUUCUAUUGUUGGAAAAAAGAGGCUUGAAGGCAAAUAUGCAAUUGUCACAGAUAGAUGGCAGAAGUUCAGUGAUGUGUAUCUUGAUGAGGAAAUAUUGGACUUUCUUGCCAACUAUGCAGACGAAUUUCUAGUUUAUGGUGUUGAUGUUGAAGAGAAAAAGUACUAG